UGUGUGUGUAGCAUGAAUGACGUCGCGUUUGCUGACGAUAAUCGACUUGUUUUGAUGGGUGAUGUCAUGUGUUUGUUUUACUACUUUGUUGCCUACUUUUACUUUAAAAAGGUAGCAUUGGUUGGCGGCUGACAUCAUAUCAAUUGUUGAGACUGUUUGAGAGAUAUAGACCGGCCAGAAGCUAGUUAAGACUCGACACUCUAAAUAUGGACGGGUUGGACGACACUGCCACACCGCUGCUGCCAUCAGCUGAAGACGGCUGGCAACCUCCAUUAUUUUCAACAUCAACAUGGACUUUACUCCUCUCAGCUGGAAUCCUGUUUCUUGUGUAUGAUUGGUGGUGUCACCAGGUUCUUGCUCGCAAUGGAAUACGAGGACCAUGGCCCAAACCUUACAUUGGCAACACAAUGGAUUGGAUGUUCAAUAAAACGGGAAUAGUCGGCUUCCAUCAAACCUGUUUGGCCAAAUACGGAAAGGUCGUUGGUUUCUACUUUGGAAGAAAUCCAACAAUUAUGGUCGCAGAUGUCGAUUUGGUGAGAAGAAUUUGCAUCAAGGAUUUCUCCUCCUUUGUCAAUCGAAAGCCAUCUCCACUUGAGAACAAACCAUUCCAUUUAGCAUUGUCCGUACUGAGAGAUGAUCAUUGGAAAGAUGUCCGUGGUAUUCUCAGCCCAACAUUCAGUGGAUCCAAAAUGAAAGUGAUGGCUCCCAUUAUCAAUAACUGCUUGGAUGCGAUGGUAAGAAAGGUCAACAAGCAUCAUGAGGAGGGCAAAAGCAUCCAGUGCAAAGAUAUCUAUGGAGGAUUUUUGAUUGACGGCAUCGGGUGUUGCGCCUUUGGACUCGACCUAAACUCCCAAGAGAAUGAUGAUGACACAUUCCUCCAAAAUGCCAAAGAUAUCUUCAAAUUUAAAUUCAAUUUCGCAAUUCUGGUACUUAUUUUUGCGUCUUUCCUUUCGCCCAUUCUGAACUACUUCAACAUUAGCAGUUUCAGUCGUAAAACAAUUGCCUACUUUGAGAACAUAAUGGAUCAGGCUAUAGAGCUACGGAAAAGUGGAAACAAGAAGAGUGUGGACUUCCUGCAGCUCAUGCUGGAUGCUGAGGAAUUAUCUGAGGCUGAUAAAGCUCAGUCUACUGAAGAGGAAAAACAGGAGCAUGCACAUCGUGAGAAAGCAGGAAAAAGGGCCCUGACACCAGAUGAGAUCAAGUCUCAGGGUUUGGUAUUCUUCUUAGCUGGUUUUGAGACAUCCAGCACAACUCUUAGUCUUGCCUCUUACCUCUUGGCGACCAACUCUGAAGUCCAAGACAGGCUGAUUGCUGAGAUUGAUGAGAUUGCUCCACGAGCUGAAGACUUGACCUACGAGGCCAUCACCAAGUUGACUUACCUAGACUGGUUCAUUUGUGAGACUCUGCGUGUCUAUCCCCCUGCCGUAGUAUCUGCUCGUGAGGCAGGUGAAGAUGUUAGUUAUCAUGGCUUCACAAUUCCAAAGGGAACUGAUGUUUUCUUUUCCAUCUGGUUAAUCCAUAAUGAUCCUGAGAUCUGGGAAGAGCCAGAAAAAUUCAACCCUGACAGGUUUUCUCCUGAGAAUCGUGAGAAUCGCCACCCCUGUGCAUGGUUGCCGUUUGGUGUGGGACCACGUAACUGUGUUGGGAUGAGAUUCGCUCUGCUGCAGGUGAAGAUGGGUUUGGUGCGCAUGUUGCAGAAUUUCCGCCUUGAGACAUGUUCUGAAACUGAGAUUCCUCCUGUACUUGGCAAGUUUGGAUUCCUGUCUCCUCCUAAUGGUGUGAAGUUGACUGCAGUCCCACGCUCUUAAAGACAAGAACCAUGCACCAGACUAUUGUGGCUCCUAUAUUUUGAUUUAAAUCAUUAGUUUACAUAUCCAUUGGAGCACACAUUUUAUUACAAAUUGAUGUUUUAACUCUACGAGCAGCUGAAAAUACUCAAGAGUUAGAACAGUGCAAUGCGCAGGGUGUGAUGGUCUAUCCAAUAUGGUUUGAUAUCACACUGUUGUUGAUAUGCAUCGACCAAUCAGAAUUUAGGACUCAAGUUUGCUUGAAGAUAGUAUACAAAUAUUUACUGCUUGGAGUGCAAUGGUUAAAACUGUGACUCCCGAGGUGAUCCCCGGAGCGUUCUAUUUUCCCAAGGCGCAGCCAAGGGAAAAUGGUACAAAUUGUUAGUCUAUCCAAUUUGUAUACAAAUGCUAAGUUUUCUUUGAAUGAAAUUUGAGAUUUACAUAUGUGUAAAUAUCAAAUGAUCGCAGCUAUUAAAGGCAGUGGACACUAUUGGUAAUAACUCAAAAUAAUUAUUAGCAUAUAACCUUUCUUGGUGACGAGUAA